UUUUCCGGAGCACUUGUAACUUGAGUUGGAUGAACCAGUUCUCCAGUCUGCUUCCUUGAUGCCCUUUCCAGGGAUAACAGCUGCCCUUGACAUCUCUUCAGACCUGGAAUUCUAUCUGUAUGAAAGUAGAUUAGUUUUCUUGAAGUUUAAUUAGGAGCAGAGGCUACCACGGGGCGAGGGAACCACUGGCAGCUACAGCUAUGGAGGUGACCUGUCUACUGCUGGAAAUGUCUCCAGACUUUUGACAACGGCUAAACAACCAUGGGGUCCAGCGGCCUCGGGAAAGCAGCGACACUAGAUGAACUGCUCAACACAUGCGUUGAGAUGUUUGAUGACAAUGGAGAUUUGAAUGACAGCUAUUUGCCAAGAAUAGUUCUUUUGAUGCACCGAUGGUAUUUAUCUUCCACAGAACUGGCAGAAAAACUCCUCUGCAUGUACCAGAACGCCAGUGGAGAAGGCUGUGAUGAGUUCCGACUGAAGAUCUGCUAUUUCAUGAGGUACUGGAUUCUGAAAUUCCCAGCAGAGUUCAAUUUGGAUCUUGGUUUGAUUCGAAUGACUGAGGAGUUCCGGGAAGUAGCUAGUCAACUAGGAUAUGAAAAACACAUCAACCUCAUGGACAUAUCCAGCAUUCCUUCCUAUGACUGGAUGAGGAGAGUCACACAGAGGAAAAAAGCAUCGAAAAAGGGGAAAGCUUGCCUCUUGUUUGACCAUCUGGAGCCCAUUGAGUUGGCUGAGCACCUCACUUUUCUGGAGCAUAAAUCUUUUAGAAGGAUCUCAUUCACAGAUUAUCAGAGCUACGUCAUCCAUGGCUGCCUGGAGAAUAACCCAACUCUGGAGAGAUCUAUUGCUUUAUUUAAUGGAAUCUCUAAGUGGGUCCAGUUGAUGGUUCUCAGCAAACCAAGUCCUCAGCAAAGGGCAGAAGUCAUCACAAAGUUCAUCAAUGUAGCACAGAAACUCCUUCAACUAAAAAAUUUUAACACCUUGAUGGCAGUGGUUGGCGGGCUUAGUCAUAGCUCCAUUUCCCGACUCAAAGAGACCCAUUCUCAUCUCUCUUCAGAAGUUACAAAGAACUGGAACGAAAUGACAGAGUUGGUCUCCUCCAACGGCAAUUACUGCAAUUACCGCAAGGCCUUCGCCGACUGUGACGGCUUCAAAAUCCCCAUCCUUGGCGUGCACUUGAAAGACUUGAUAGCAGUCCAUGUCAUUUUCCCAGACUGGAUGGAAGAGAACAAAGUGAACAUUGUGAAAAUGCACCAGCUGUCUGUUACCCUGAGUGAACUGGUCUCCCUGCAGAACGCCUCUCACCACUUGGAACCUAACAUGGAUUUGAUCAACCUGCUCACUCUCUCUCUGGAUCUCUACCACACUGAAGAUGAUAUUUACAAACUGUCAUUGGUGCUGGAGCCUAGAAAUUCCAAAUCGCAGCCUACCUCCCCUACAACACCCAACAAGCCUGUGGUGCCCCUGGAGUGGGCUUCAGGAGUGAUACCAAAGCCAGACCCUACAGUCAUCAACAAACACAUAAGGAAGUUGGUUGAGUCUGUGUUUCGGAACUACGACCAUGACCACGAUGGAUACAUCUCCCAAGAGGACUUUGAGAGCAUAGCUGCCAAUUUCCCCUUCCUGGACUCCUUCUGUGUGCUGGACAAAGAUCAGGAUGGCUUAAUUAGCAAGGACGAAAUGAUGGCUUAUUUCCUGAGAGCUAAAUCCCAGCUGCACUGCAAAAUGGGACCAGGAUUUAUCCAUAAUUUUCAGGAGAUGAACUAUCUCAAGCCGACCUUCUGUGAACACUGUGCGGGCUUUCUCUGGGGCAUAAUCAAACAAGGCUACAGAUGCAAAGACUGUGGAGCCAACUGUCACAAACAGUGCAAAGACCUCCUGGUUCUGGCCUGCAGGAGACUUGCCCGGGCACCCUCUCUGGGCAGCAAUCCAGGGUCACUUCCUGGAAGCCCAGCCCUGCCCCCAGUGCAGGGUGAGGUGUUUGAGUUUCCCGGGGUCACUGCUGGACACCGGGACCUGGACAGCAGAGCCAUCACACUGGUUACAGGCUCUUCUCGCAAAAUCUCCGUGAGGCUACAGCGCGCCACCACUAGUCAAGCUACACAGACGGAACCUGUGUGGUCAGAGGCUGGCUGGGGAGACUCGGGGUCCCACACGUUCCCCAAAAUGAAAUCCAAGUUCCAUGACAAAGCAGCUAAGGACAAAGGCUUUGCCAAGUGGGAAAACGAGAAGCCCGCGGUACAAGGCGGCAUGGAUGUGGUAGACCGAGGCACUGCAUUCGAACCUGACCAGGAUGAAGGGCAAGAUGAAGCCAAACAGGACGGUGAGGAUGGCUGAGGUCAAGCUGGGGAAACUGAAGGCAAUCACGUCAGCUUUGGGGAGAAGGAAAACCCUGGAAGCGGUCUGUGCAUGCUCACGGCUUCAUGUCAUCGUGGGGUCUCCGUGACUGGACUACGGGACGGAGGAUUUACGCCGACUCUGAACUAUUUAUUUCCCAUACUCUGCCCUGCUGAGAAUCCAGGGACACUGUUGUGCAGUCAGCGGCUUCUCACAUCUAUCUCCUAGAGUCAUCUAUCUGCAGGGGACUGAGAGCUCGGGCCCCAUGUGGGCGACACCCACUCUCCAGAUUCAAAACUUGGUUCUUUCUGGACAAGGAUAUUUUCAUAAAUUGUGGUGUGUGUGUGUGGGGGGGUGUCUCAUAAGGAGGUGAGUCUGAGCUUUUGUGUUGCCUUUUAGAUGGGAGCCUCUGAGGAUACUUAGCUGUAAGAAUGUUUCGAGUGUCCUACCACACGGUGGCUGUGGGGUGCAAUGCCACGCUGUGUAUCACCUAGGUCUCUACAAUCCUCAUCACUAAGAGGAACCACAGUCCUCAAGCUCUGCUCGUAUUCAUACUACCUACAGUGGGAAAAAAAAGUAUGUGCCUGGCCACCUAAUUGUGUUCCCUAAUCUUUCUGAAGAUUCCCAAAAUAGAAUGUUAAUUAAGAAAUCAAAUCAAGUUCCAAGGGAUAAAAUUUAGUAAAACAACAAUAACAACAAUAGAACAAACAAAAACUACUGAAUUUCUAGGCGAAAAGGAGAGCAACCAUUUUGGAAAGUCAAAAGAAACCUUAAGAUUCUUGUUUUAGAUAACUUCUGGAUGCAAACAGUAGCUUAACUUCUUCCUAAUAAAUUCUCACCCACAAUUGAAGCAUAUCCACAGAAAGAAAAAUCAUCAUAACCCUCAACUAUGGACUGAUAUUCCAUUUAUGCCUUUAAAAUAUUAAUAGCUUAAAGCUUUCCUUUGGAUGUGUAUCUUAUGAAAGUGAUUCGUGGUGCUCAGAAGAAGAGACAAAGCUGAGCUGGCUUAUACAACUCUACUGUGCACUUGGGACGAGGUAGGAGGACUCUUAAGUCUGAGGUCAGUCUAGGAAACUUAGCAAAACUAGUAAUAAAAAUAAAAGAAAAUUGAGGUUAUGGAGUCUGUCAUUGAGGAAGCCAUCUGAUAUCAAAUGACCAGUCAGAAAAAUCUUUCACUUAGUACCCUGGUCCACAUUUGAGGGCUAACAUGUAUGCAUCCCAUGGACACCAAUUGUGUUUUUGUUUGAGAAAGUCUUUCCUGGUUCUGCUCUGAUCCUUAGAAACUGAGAGCAUGAGGACAUGAAGGCUAAGUUGUUCCAGUGUCUUCAUCUGCCAUGUGGGCGCUGGGAACUGAACCCGGGUUCCCCCUGGAAGAGCAGGCAGUGUUCUUAAUCACUGAGCCAUCUCUCCAACCCCAGUUCCAGGGGCAGAGUUGAUGUAAUGUACCCUGAAGGUUCUAGAAUGGGGAAUGAGUCAGACUGGGAAUACUGAAGCCAUUGAUUGAAGGAGCUGUGAUUAAGCUAGAUACGAACCCACUUGACAGUGCCAAGUGCUUCAGAGGGCAGUGGUGUUGGACUGAUGUAUAUACACUAUCUGUUACUAGUCAUAAAUACAGCUAAAUACAUGUUAAUGAACUAAAACCAGAAAAUGGUAACUUCAGUACAGGAAACCCUUCUGAAAAAAAAAUCAGAAAGAAACCUGUUAAGGAGUGUUGGACUUUUUAUAUUUCUUUUCAGAGGAGUUAUUUCACUUGCCAUUUGGCUUGGAUAUUUAUGAGUUUUCAUAUACAGGAGGAAUUUUAUAUUUCUAGUCUUCCUAUAAUAAGUAAACAAAAUGUACCUUCAAUGAAAAAUAAACACAAAAAGAAAUAUAA